CGCUCUGUGGAGUUGAACCCAACACAGAAAGAUCUUGUAUUGAAGAUUGCAGAGUUACUAUGCAAUAAUGACAUUACUGAUGGAAGAGCAAAAUAUUGGGUUGAGAGAGCUGCUAAGCUCUUUCCUGGGAGUCCUGCUGUUUACAGGUUGAAGGAGCAGUUACUCGAGUGUAAAGGUGAAGAUGGAUGGAAUCAGCUUUUUGACUUGAUUCAAGCAGAACUUUAUGCAAGACCAGAUGAUGUCUACAUAAACAUCAGACUAGUUGCACUCUACCGUUCAAAUAAUAGAUUACGAGAUGCUGUGCUCCAUUGUCAAGAAGCAGAAAAAAGAAUACCUUUGCAGUCAAGCUUGGAAUGGUGCUCCUGUGUUGUAGAGACAUUUGAGGAAUAUCUGGAAUCUUUACAAGACUUGGAGUCUGAUAAAAGUAACUGGAGAGCUAUCAAGAAAGAUCAUCUGCUGGCCUACUCCAGCUUUGUAAGAAUGACACUUUCUUCUAGAGAUGUUCAGGAAUGCAGAGAAGCACUUGAAAGUUUUGAUCGUGUGCUUCAGUCAGUGAAACCGUAUGUGAAUGGGGCUGAUGAGUUGUCUCGUACCUUUGUGGAAAUGAAAGGACAGCUAUACAUGCAUGCUGGAACUUUGCUACUGAAAAUGGCCCAACACAAUGAGGCACAGUGGAGAGUUGUGUGUGAACUAGCAGCAUUGUGCUAUCUGAUAAGCUUCCAAGUUCCUAAACCAAAGUCAAAACUGAUAAAGGGGGAUCAGACUGGACAAGAUACACUAGAAAUGUUGGCCUGUGAUCGAAAAAGCCAGUCUGGUCAUAUGCUGCUGAACUUAAGCCAUGGCAAGCAAGACUUCUUUAAAGAGAUUGUGGAAUCAUUUGCAAACAAGACUGGUUCGUUUACGUUGUUUGAUAGCCUGUUUGAGAGUGGAGCUUCUAGAGAGAGGUCUUUUAUUGGCACAAAUGAUAUUGGAAAUAUCAGUACACAAGCACCAGUGCAAAUGGAACUUAAUAAAUAUGAUACUGGUGCUGUUCGAAUGCACAAUGACAGUCUUCAGCACCUUGUGUGGCUUGGCUUGCAGUGGAACUCUAUGUCAGUCUUGCCCCCGAUGCGCAAAUGGCUAAAACAGCUUUUUCACUUGCCCCAAGAAACAUCAAGACUUGAGACAGAUGCUCCUGAAUCCAUUUGCUUGUUGGACCUUGAAGUAUUCCUCCUUGGGGUGGUAUUCACCAGCAACUUACAAUUGCAAGAAAAGUUUAAUUCUCACUGCGGUUCACAUCAGCCUCAAUUCUUACCAUUGCCAGUGUGCAAGCAGCUCUAUACUGAAAAGCAAAAAUGCUGGUGGGAUGCUGUUCGCACUCUUAUUCAGAGAAAAACAACACCAGGAACAGCAGCAAAACUGAGGCUUAUCGUACAGCAUGGAUUAAGUACGCUGAGAACACUGGUGAAGCACGGCCUUCAACCUGCCUUGAUUAUCCACUGGGCAAAAAGCCUGCAAAAAACAGGCAUUAGCCUUAACUCUUUCUAUGACCAGAAGGAAUACAUUGGACGAAGUGUCUAUUACUGGAAGAAAGUUUUGCCUAUGCUGGAAAUUAUCAAAAAGAAGAGGAGUAUUCCUGAACCUACUGACCCUCUCUUCAAACACUUCCAUAGUGUAGACAUUCAGGUCUUUCAGGUUGCAGCAUAUGAAGAAGAGGCACGUAUAGCAUUUGCAAUGUUGGAUGCAGUUGAUGGCAAAACUGAUGAUGCUUUAUUAGCAUUUGAAGCUAUUAACAGUGUGGUUUCAUACUGGAAUCUUGCCAUGAUCUUCCAAAGAAAGGCAGAAGAGAUGGAAAAUGAUAGCAUGCUGCCAGAAGAACAAGAAGAGCACAAAACCUAUCUUCUUAAAAGCAAGCAUUAUUUAAUGAAGAUCCUUGAGGAAAGCUCCUCAGAUAUGUCAGUAACUGAGAAACUGCCAGUGUCUAUUGAAACUGUGAGGGAAAUGCUAGAUACAGUGAUCCAGGAGCUUGGUGAAAAUGCUGAGGAGGGAGGUCCUGCCUUCAGAAAUGGCCUGUCACGAGCUGUAGAGUCAGAGGUGAAACACUCUACUCCAUCACCAACCAGGUUCUCUCUUUCACCAUCUAAGAGCUACAAGUUUUCUCCAAAAACUCCUCCUCAGUGGGCAGAAGAUCACAGAUCUAUACUUCAAAUGAUCUGCCAGCAAGUGGAAGCUUUAAAGAAUGAAAUGCAAGAAAUGAAGCUUAAUAAUUCCAACUCAAAUGCGUCAUCUCAUCGAUGGCCUGCUGAAAGCUAUGGAGCAGAUACAAUGUCAGAGGGUUAUCAGAGACCACAGAAUCUUCACGAAGCUCCAUUAACAGUUGCUACCACUGGCCCCUCUGUUUACUACAGCCAGUCACCUGCCUAUAACUCUCAGUAUCUUCUCAGAACUGCCCCAACCAAUGUAACACCGACAAAGGCUCCUGUCUAUGGCAUGAACCGACUUGCACCUCAGCAGCAUAUAUAUGCUUACCAACAACCGAUGCAUACACCACCUCUGCAAAACCCGUCUUGUAUGUUUUCCCAAGAUAUAUAUGGCACACCUCUGCGUUUUGAUUCUCCUGCUACUGGACUCAUUUCUCCUCGUGUGGGUGAUGAUUAUUACAAUUACAGUGUUCCACCAGCAAGCACAAAUCCAUCAUUGCCUAAACCAGGAUAUUUCACAAAGUCUGUAGAAUCAAAAGUGGUAGAAACUCCAAAGUCUAAAUUUGCACAGCCAGGAGCAGCAGAAGGGUCAAAACCACCUGUGCCACCACCAGCACAGUUGAGUCAGCCAACAACUUUUAAAUUCAACAAUAACUUCAAGUCUAAUGAUGGAGACUUUACCUUUCCUUCUCUUCAAGUUGGAACACCAGCUGGUAAUGCAGCUUUUAAUAACAGCGACAACCUCUUAAGUCUUCUGACAUCUGAUAAGCCUUUACAAGAUGAUAGAUACAUGGAACAAAAACCAGUUAAUGAUCGCUUAAACAGUCAAAGAAGUACCUUCACUUUUGGCAAUAAACAUACUCCAGGCAUCUCUUUUGGAGAGGGCAUGGGACAAAAUACACACAAAACCCUGGGGUUUGAGAAGGGCGAUACAUUUAAUGCUCAAGAACCAAGCAAGCUUUUAUAUAUGACUUCAAAUUCUGAUUUUGCCAAUAAAGGUCAUGAAACAGAGGGAGGAAGCACCCAUGGUGGAGAUGAGGAUGAUGAUGGUCCUCAUUUUGAUCCUGUGGUGCCACUCCCUGACAAGAUUGAAGUAAAGACAGGUGAGGAAGAUGAAGAAGAAUUCUUCUGCAACAGAGGCAAACUCUUUCGUUUUGAUGCCGAAACUAAAGAAUGGAAAGAAAGGGGUAUUGGCAAUGUGAAAAUACUAAAGCAUAAGGUAUCUGGCAAAUUCCGUCUCUUAAUGAGACGGGACCAAGUGCUGAAAAUCUGUGCAAAUCACUACAUAAAUACUGAUAUGAAGUUAACUCCAAAUGCUGGAUCAGAUAGGUCAUUUGUAUGGCAUGCUGUAGAUUAUGCAGAUGAGUUGCCAAAACCAGAACAGCUUGCAAUUAGAUUUAAAACACCUGAGGAAGCAAUGCUGUUCAAAAGUAAGUUUGAGGAGUCUCAGAAUAUUUUGAAAACCUUGGGAUCAAAUGUUGAUGCAUCUGUGACUCGGAGUAGUGGAACAACAAGAGAAACAACAAAUCAGGACAUCAAGGAGCCUAGCAGAUCUAUUUCUGGGACCCUAAACUCUGGCUUUCAGUUACCAAAAAGUGGGGUGAGCAGUGACUCUCCUUCUGGUGGGCUUGAGCAGCAUCUCUUGAAGAAGGAUCAAUGGGAGUGUAAAAUAUGUUUAGUUCCAAAUGAUGCAACUGUGAAGAGUUGUGUAUCGUGUCAAAAUCCAAAUCCAGAUAUGUGGGAAACACGUGGCACGCCAUUAACUGAGUCUGCGGAAAGUGUCAAAGCCGGUGGUAACACAGUGCAGGACACAUUUGGAUCUGCUUUUGCUAAAAAGGAAGGUCAAUGGGACUGCACUGUCCUUUCAGUAAGAAAUGAACCCACUGCUUCCAAGGGUGUUGCAAACAAAACCAAUGCCUCAAUAUCUGGUCAAGAAACUUCCUCUAAAUUUGGCCAAGCAGUUGCUCCAAAGGCUGUUCAAAAUGACUUGGGUACUGCUUUUUCUAAAAAGGAAGGUCAGUGGGAAUGCUCUGCAUGCCUAGUCCAAAAUGAAGCAAAAGAUGUGAACUGUCACUCUUGUCACAAUCCGAACUCUCAAAGUCAACCAAAUGCGCCUACACCUACUGUUCAGGCAUCCCCUGCUCCCAGGUUUGAUUCAAGUAAGCCACAGAAAAAUGGAUUUGAAGGGCUUUUUGCUAAAAAAGAAGGGCAGUGGGAUUGUAAUACUUGUCUUAUAAGGAAUGAAGGUUUUUCACCAGCCUGUGUAGCUUGCCAAACACCAAAUCCAUCUGUUAAGACUCCUGGUGAUUCUUCACCAGCUCCUGCUUUUGGCAUGAAAAGUAAGUUACCUGAACCUGCUGGAGGACAGCUGGGAACAGGCUUUAAGUGUGAUUUCUUAGAAAAGGGCUUUAAGUUUGGUCUUGAUCCAGGCAAGGCACCGUCAUUUACAUUUCAGAUUCCUACUGAUACUGAAACUAAGCUUGCAAAGGAUGGAUUUACCUUUUCAAUGCCAGUGCCUGCAAACGGAUUUAAAUUUGGGAUACAGGAGUCUAAUAAAAAUACCGCUAAGAAAGAUGAGCCAUCCAAAGAGUGUACAACUGGCUUCUUAAAAAGCACUGAUGAAAAAGACAAAAAGGAACUGCCUUCAGAUAGCGGAAUUACGUUCCAGUUUCAAGAAGCAGCAGGCAAGGAGAAAAGUGACUUUGUUUUUGGGCAAAAUAGCAGCACUUUUACUUUUGCCGAACUUGCAAAAAAUACUCCUAGGGAAGGCUUUCAGUUUGGCAAAAAUGACCCUGACUUCAAAGGCUUUUCAGGUGCAGGUGAAAAGCUGUUUUCUUCACAGGAUUCUAAAAUGGAUCACAAAGCCAACACAUCUGCUGACCUUGGCGAGAAGGAUGAUGAUGUGUAUAAGACAGAGGACAGUGAUGAUAUCCAUUUUGAACCUAUAGUUCAAAUGCCUGAAAAAGUAGAACCAUUUACAGGAGAGGAAGAUGAGAAAGUGUUAUACUCCCAAAGAGUCAAGCUGUUCAGGUUUGAUCCAGAAACAAGCCAGUGGAAAGAACGUGGGGUGGGCAACCUGAAGAUUCUUAAAAAUGAAGUUAAUGGCAAAGUAAGAAUAUUAAUGCGGCGUGAGCAGGUAUUGAAGGUGUGUGCAAAUCACUGGAUAACAACAACAAUGAACUUGAAACAGCUGUCUGGCUCAGACAAAGCAUGGAUGUGGAUGGCCAAUGACUUCUCUGAUGGUGAUGCAAAGUUGGAACAGUUGGCAGCAAAAUUCAAGACACCAGAGCAGGCUGAGGAGUUCAAACAGAAGUUUGAAGAAUGUCAGAGGCUACUAUUAGACAUACCACUGCAGACACCCCAUAAACUUGUUGAUACAGGUAGGACUGCUCAACUUAUACAGAAAGCAGAAGAAAUGAAGUGUGGCUUAAAAGAUCUCAAAACCUUUCUGACAGAUGACAAAGCUAAACUGUCAGAAGAAGAAAGUGUAAGUUCUGUUUGUGCCAGCAGUACUUCUGAUCUGGUUAUAAAGCCUCAUGCUGAAAGUACUGGGCCUACUCUGGAAUGGGAUAACUAUGAUUUGCGUGAAGAAGCAUUGGAUGAUAGCGUAAGUAGUUCUGUAUAUGCAUCACCUCUUGCAAGUAGCCCUGUAAGGAAAAAUCUGUUUAGAUUUGGAGAGUCUACCACAGGUUUUAGUUUCAGCUUUAAAUCUGCCUUGAGCCCAUCCAAAUCUCCUGCCAAACAGAACCAGAGUAGAACAUCAGUAGGCACAGAUGAAGAUUCUGAUGUUACUCAAGAAGAAGAGAGAGAUGGACAGUACUUUGAACCUGUGGUACCUCUGCCUGAUCUUGUGGAAGUGACCAGUGGUGAGGAAAAUGAGCAGGUUGUCUUCAGUCACAGAGCUAAGCUCUACAGAUAUGACAAAGAUGCUAAUCAGUGGAAAGAAAGAGGUAUUGGAGAUAUCAAGAUACUACAGAACUAUGACAACAAACAAGUACGUAUCGUAAUGAGAAGGGACCAGGUACUAAAACUCUGUGCCAAUCAUAGAAUAACACCAGAUAUGAAUAUACAACAAAUGAAAGGAUCUGAUAGAGCGUGGGUAUGGACAGCAUGUGACUUUGCGGAUGGCGAAAGGAAAGUAGAACUUCUAGCUGUCCGAUUCAAGCUGCAAGAUGUUGCAGACGCAUUUAAGCAAAUUUUUGAUGAAGCAAAGCAUGCCCAAGAGAGAGAGACACUGAUAACCCCUCUUUCUUCACGUGCAAAUACACCAAAGGAAUCUCCCUGUGGUAAAAAUGCUGUAGCUGUCUUGGAAGAAACUACCAGAGAAAGAACUGAUCUCAGCCACGGUGAUGAUACUUCUGAUGUAACUGUAGAGGUUGCAGAGGUGUCUAGCACUUCAGAAACACCAACAAAAACAGUGGUUUCUCCUCCGAAGUUUGUAUUUGGGUCUGAAUCUGUCAAGAGCAUUUUUAGUAACGAAAAGUCAAAGACAUUCACAUUUGGAAAUACUUCAGCUACUGGUUCUCUCUUUGGCUUCAGCUUUAAUCCUCCAAAAAAGAAUGAAGACCAUAUUCCAGUGGCUCAGAACACAGUGCAGAAAGAAGUGGAAGAUUCUGAACCAGCAAAAACCUCUAAUGCUCCUCAGAAGCCUCUAGGCAGCAAGGUAGAAAACUUGCCUACUUCAACACAAGAUGGACCCUCAAACUUCUCGUUUAGAAUUAUGGAAAAAGGAUUUAAUUUUAGUCUUUUUAAAUCUAAUCCAAUGGCCUUUUGGACAAGCACACCUUCUUUGCAACCUGAUAGUGAAGCUGAGAAGAUAACAACAUCAGAAGAUGAUCUUCCAUCUGAUGAGGUUACAAUAGUUUACGAAUUAACGCCUACCCCUGAACAGAGAGCUCUCGCUAGCUUUCUCAAGCUACCUUCAACAUUCUUCUGUUACAAGAAUAAGCCUGGAUAUGUGAGUGAUGAAGAUGAUGAUGAAGACUAUGAAACAGCUGUUAAGAAACUUAAUGGAAGACUUUAUCCCAGUGAUUCAGGAAAGAAAAAGAAAUUGCAAGAUCCUGUAAAAGGGAAAAGUAAAUCCAACAAUGAAGGAGAAUGUGCUACUAUUUGGGAAGAGAAACCAGCUCCUGAGGAGAAAGCUGAAGCAGGAACUCUUGAGGUUCUUUCCACAUCUGUGUGUGGUGUCAGCAGUGACACUGAGGAUGACAGUCCAGAAGACUUCCAGGCAGAAGUUACAACUCAAGAAACAAAAGAGAAUGAGGUUACAAGCUCAAGUGACUUAGUCGGUGCCAGUGAGGGAGAGGUGCCUACUGCAUCAGCCAGUGAAGUGACAGUAGUUGUCCAGUCAGCUACUAACAAUGAAGAACCAGAUUCCACCACAGAAACUGUACAUGUAUCGCAGACUGGAUCAGGAGCUGAGGACAAACCUGUAGACUUGUCAACUAAAAAAGGUGAUUCAGACUCUCCAGAGUCAACGCAAGGUAUAAACAGAAUCAUCUCAUUUGGUUGCAAUACUGCAGGCUUGUCAUUUGCAGAUCUGGCUUCCAAAAACUCCGGAAACUUUGCUUUUGGUUCAAAAGAUAAAAACUUCAAAUGGGCAAAUACAGGAGCAGCUGUGUUUGGAGAGACAGCCUGCAAAGCAGAUGAAGAUGAAGGUGGUAGUGAUGAUGAGGUGGUACAUAGUGAUGAUAUCCACUUUGAGCCGAUUGUGUCCUUACCAGAGGUGGAAGUAAAAUCUGGAGAAGAAGAUGAAGAAAUUCUCUUCAAAGAGAGGGCAAAACUUUACAGAUGGGACAGGGAUGCUACUCAGUGGAAGGAGCGUGGUGUUGGGGAGAUAAAGAUUCUCUUCCAUACACAGAAGAAAUACUAUAGAGUCCUAAUGAGAAGAGACCAGGUUCUUAAAGUCUGUGCAAACCAUGUCAUCACCAAAGAAAUGAACUUGGUGCCCUCUGAUACAUCAAACAAUGCUUUAAUUUGGACAGCCACAGAUUAUGCUGAUGGUGAAGUAAAAGUGGAGCAACUUGCAGUCAGAUUUAAAAGCCAAGAACUGGCUAAUUCUUUCAAGAAGAGGUUUGAAGAAUGCCAGCAAAGCUUGUCAGAACUACAGAAGGGACACUUAUCUCUGGCAGCAGGACUGUCAAAGGACACUAACCCUGUUGUGUAUUUUGAAGUUUCUGCUGAUGAUGAACCUUUAGGACACAUAACUAUGGAGCUAUUUUCAAAUAUUGUCCCUCGAACUGCUGAAAACUUCAGGGCCCUGUGCACAGGAGAGAAAGGAUUUGGAUUCAAGAACUCCAGCUUUCACAGGAUAGUCACUGACUUUGUGUGUCAGGGAGGUGAUAUAACUAACCAUGAUGGAACAGGUGGACAAUCAAUUUAUGGAUCAGCAUUUGAAGAUGAGAAUUUCGAAGUGAAACAUACCGGUCCUGGAUUGUUGUCAAUGGCAAAUAAGGGCAGGGAUACGAAUACUUCCCAGUUCUUCAUAACACUUAAAAAAGCAGAACACUUGGACUUCAAGCAUGUGGUAUUUGGGUUUGUCAAAGAUGGAAUGGAUGUUGUGAAAAAGAUUGAAUCCUUUGGUUCUCCUAAAGGGCUCGUAAAUGCAAGAAUUGUCAUUACAGACUGUGGGCAAAUAUAGAAUUACUGCUUUGAGUAUACAGAUGUUCUAGCAGUAUAAAUCAGUAUUUAGAUGUUAAUUGACUAAUUAUUUCAACUUCUUAAAAUGGACACUUCUGAUGUAUAAAUGUAAAAUUACAGCUUACAGUUGGGUUUUUUAUGUGUUCUAAUUGAUUUUUUUUGCAUGUUAAAGUUCAGACACUGGCAUAUUUCAGGUGUAUUUGUGUUAAUCCUGACAUAUUUGUAUUAAACGUCAAAUUUUAAAAAUUAAA